AUGGAGGAAUACGCCAAGUUGCAAGCGGUAAAUGAUGCCUUGAAGAAGGCAGAAGGAGCGGAACUAACUCUGAUGGAGUUAAGAAUGAUUGAGAGGUUUCAGACAUUAAGAGAUGAUCUCGCACACAAUGUUGACCGGCUAGAGGCAGAAUGGAGAGAGGAGUGCAAAAACUUCCUGCUGUAUGCCGAUCAAUUUCAAAGUAGACCAAUCUUCAAUACCGGAGAAUCUUCCAAGUCGGCAGAAAACCGGAAAAAGGGGCAUCAGAUGCAUGAAACAGAACAAGAGGAUAACCGGAGCAGACUUCCAUCGCAGACUGAUCAGACUACGGGACUUGCGCAAAUAAAGGAAGUUGUUGUUGACAUAAUCAUCUCCUCCCUUAACGAGUACAACAUUUCUACAGACGCCAAAAUUGCAACCAUUCAAGCCGACCUGGUUGAAACCGUCCGGGCAUCCAUUCACUCUGAAAUUGUCGAAACGGUUCAAACAUCAAUCAAGACAAUGAUUGACAAGUCUGUUGAAAUGGCAACCGCUCCCCUACUUGAAAUGAUGCAAGCUAUGGAAGCUCAAAUUGAGGAGUUGUCUAAGCUGCAAGCGGAUAGAACUAAAGAGCAGAUUCGUUCAGAUGCCAAAACAGCUCGGAGAAUUCAAGCCGAAGAAGAUGCUAGGGAACGGUUAAGAAAAGAAACCGAAGACAAGGACCACGAGUUGGCCAAGCAAGUCUAUGAGGCGGAAAAUGCCACUCAACCGGAAUCCACACCAGCACAAGCUUCGCACUCAAUGAAAACAAGGAACAAGAAUAAAAGAAAGCAGAUUGCGAUCUUGUUACAUCAAGUAGAACAAAGCGGCAUUGAAGAGUAUCAACCGGGUGGUCAGCUCGAGGAACCUCUGAAUGAAGAAGAAGAAGAGGACGUUGCACGACUCAACCCGCGGAAGAAGAAAGGAGUUGAGUUAUCAAUCGCAUCUAUAAGUUCCGGUCCGAUAGCUGCACAAUCAUCUCGACCACCCAGACCAGUAGGCAGUGCCUUCCGGUUCAACCAGCGAAAUCCCGGUAUAUCAAGUGUAUUUACCGGAUGGCAAAUUGACGCGGAAAGAAGAGAACGGGAAUUGAAGGAGGAGGAAGAAAGGCAAAAGGAAAAAGAAAAGGGGGGGAUCAUCCAAUCCUUAGCUUAUCUUCUUAUGAACAACUUAUCUAUGUUAUCUAUUAAUAUUUUGUUUUAG